AUGAGGACUAUUCCAGAGACCUGUGACCAGGAGCUGAGAACGAGUGCAGAGAAAGAACGAUGCCUUCAGAGAAAAUGCUUACUUCUGUGUACACUUCUUCUCAGUACUCUCCUUGGCUUUACAAUGCUUAUCACCUACAUCGUGAUGACUUGUGGUCUAGGAUCCUGUGAUGUCGAGCUGGGUCUUACACUGUUGGCCAGACUCCUGAAUUCUAGGAAUGACACUGUGGACCCCUGUGAGGAUUUCUACAAAUAUGCUUGUGGCAGCUGGGAAGGCAAACACUCAAGCAGAGCCACAGAAGAAUCACUAAAUGUAUUUGAUGUGUUGAUGGAAGAAAACCAGUUGAUCCUGAAAAGACUUUUAGAGGAGCCACAGUUUGGGAUAAGAGGCUCAGCUAAGGAGAAAGCAAUCCAGUUCUAUCGCUCCUGCAUGGAUACCCAAAAGAUAGAAUCCCAAGGAACUCAGCCGUUGAAGGACCUCCUAAAUCAGAUUGGUGGAUGGAAUAUCACAGGUGUGGGAAAAGCAAAAGAUUUUAAUGAAACUCUUCAGACUCUCAUGGGCAGAUACAGCACCUUUCCCUUCUUCAGAGUCCUUGUGGGACCUAGUCCUUUUGACCUCAAGACCAAUAUUAUUCAGAUUGACCAUCCUGAGUUUGAGAUGCCACCUGAGAGCAAAUUCAAAGAGAAAAAUUAUCUUGAGGUUCUCCGUGUGUAUCUCUCAUAUUUGAAUAAACUGGGGGGCCUACUUGGAGGGCCACAGGAUGGUCCCUCGGAUUUGUUUUCCCUUACCUUGUCCUUCAUCUCUAACCUCCAGCAAGUCGUCACCCCGCUGCAGGAAAGACAGCAGAGAGGGAUGCUGUUCUUCCACACUACCAUUAGGGAGCUACAGGAAAAGGCACCUGCUAUAGACUGGUUGUCAUGUCUCCAGGCUGUCUUCCAUCCUAUGCAGAUGAACCUGUCUCAGCCAAUUGCAGUGCAUGACAUGGAUUACAUAAGAGGCAUGUCACAGCUUAUCGAACAAUGGCAUAAGGAAAGGGUCCUUCACAUUUAUAUGAUUGUUUGUCUGGUUGGGAAUCUCUCCCCAGCCCUUGACAGUCGAUUCCAAGAUGCACGCCUGGAACUAUCUAAGAUUCUAUAUGGAAAAAUGGGAUCUAGAAUGAUCCCAGCUGAGCGCUGGAGGAAGUGCUUGACUGAUACCAGCUCUUUCUUUGAGCCAGUUCUAGGGCAGAUGAUUGUGCAAGAAAUUUUCCCUCAGCAGACCAAGACACUUGCUGAGCAGAUGUUCUCUGAGAUCCAAGAUGCCCUUUAUGACCAACUGGAUCAGUUGAAGUGGAUGGAUGAACAGACUCGUCAAAAGGCUAAAGUCUUGGUUUCCAAACUACAAGUGGAGAUUGGCUAUCCAGCUCACAUACUCCAGACUGACAAAGUGAACGUGGAAUACCAGAAUCUGGUGAUAAACGAAGACACCUUUUUCCUCAAUGUGGUGGCUUGCUUGAAAGUACAGAGGGAAAAUUCCUACUUGAAACUCCUUCAGCAUCACUCACAGGAUAACUGGCAUGUGUCCCCCUGGACUGUGCGUUCAUACUACUCAAUAAGGCACCACAUGGUGGUCUUUCCUGCUGGAAUGUUCCGCAGCCCUUUUUUCCACACAAAGUUUCCCAGUGCUGUGAACUUCGGAGCCAUUGGGGUCUUCAUGGCACAUGAACUUCUUCACACAUUCUACGGUUAUGUGCUGCCUGAGGGCUGUCCUACAUGCAACAGGGGUGUACUACAGAAAUCUAUAGACUGCUUGGUUGAACAGUAUGAAAGCUAUGGCUUUAAGGUCAAUGGUACUUUUACACUGUUGGAGAAUACAGCUGACACUGGAGGGCUUUCCAUUGCUUACCAGGCCUAUAGGAAUUGGCUGAAAAAGCACAAAGAAGAGAAGGAUUUACCUAAGAUUGGACUUUCACAUGACCAGCUUUUCUACCUCAGUUUUGCUCAUGCAAUGUGUGGACACCAGGAUCCUGAGAAAUUACAGUCUUCCCUGAACACAGACCCACACAGUCCUCUGCCGCUUCGUGUCUGUGGGCCUGUCAGCAAUAGCCAGGACUUUGCCAAGCACUUCCACUGUUCCAGUGGAUCCCCAAUGAACCCAGACAAGAAAUGCCACAUCUGGUGA